AUGGCUUCACCAGUAGAAAUUCCACUUCGUGAAGGCGAUGAGGUAAUUGAGCUGGAUCCGGAAAAUUUACCGGAAGGAGAUGAAGUCUUGAAUAUUCUGCGAAAUGAAAGAUCAGCAUUAAGUGUCUGG